ACGCAUAGCAGCCCUAUAAGACAGAAUAGAACUGCCCUUUUCCGAGGAGGGGCUGGUGACUCUGACAGCCAAUCUUUUGGUUAGCAGCCAAGUUCUUAACCACCGGACCACCAGGACUCCUGAAAACAGCUUUACUGCAGGGCGACUAAGAAGUGUAUUUAAUUUUCUUCUCUGUUGGUUUCCGUAUAGUUCUUACUUGCAUAUGUGAUGAUAAAUUUUCACUUCUUAUUCAGAAGGUAUUAUAUAGUCCCAUCAUUUGUUUCUAAAGACCCUGUGCUACUUAUUACUGAAACUAUCAUUUUUAGGUUGUUCAAAGUUUUUAGGACCUAACAUUUAUCCAACCAUAGUUGAUCACACCUCACCCACACAACUAGACAAAUACUCUCCGUAGUAAUAAGGUGCAAGUAUUGUGGUUUCUGCUGUGCUUUUUCAACAGGGAAGUGAAGCUAGGAUAACAUCUAACAUGUCUUUCUCAGAAGUGAAAGUUAACUGAACAUUUUUAAUUUCAAUUAUAAAUUAGGAACUGAGGACAUAGCUAAAGUUGUCAGUUGUAUAGGUGGCUUUUAUCUACAAGAUUCAGGACCUUCCCUCUCUAAUCAGGAAACCUUUGUGGAAUGAAGAUGUUUGGAUUCAUCUCUGAGUUACAUGUGAAGUAAUAAUUAUAUGAUGGGGUUGAUCCGUGGUCAGAGGUCUCAUCACAGCUUGGAGAUGAGUGAAUUUCAUAAUCAUAACUUUGGACUAGCAAACCGUGGUGCCUGUACACAAUGCCAAAGGCAAAGACCUCUACUAAUCCCAAGCAAAGGUAGAGAAAAUACAUCUCCAUUUUUUCUUGGUCGUUUCAUUGCUGUAGCUAUGGGGAUCCGCUUCAUUGUUGUGGUAACAAUAUCGAGUAUCAUAUUCAUGAAUUCAUUAUUCCACCAACAAUCUCCAAUUUCUUUGAAUGAAAGUUACUGUGGCCCAUGUCCUAAAAACUGGAUGUGUUAUAAAAAUAACUGUUAUCAAUUUUUUAAUGAAAGUAAAAGCUGGUACCAGAGUCAAGCUUCAUGUGAGUCUCAAAAUUCCAGCCUCCUGAAGAUAUAUAACAAAGAAGACCAGGAUUUCUUUAAACUGUUGAAGUCAUAUCACUGGAUGGGACUAGUGAGAAUUUCAACAAAUGGGUCCUGGCAGUGGGAAGACGGAUCCCUUCUAUCACCUAACCAACUAACAAUAGUUGAAAUGCAGAAUGGUGACUGUGCGGUCUAUGGCUCCAACUUUAAAGGCUAUACAGAAAACUGCUCAACUCCAAACACAUAUAUCUGCAUGCAGAGGGUUGUAUAAGGCACUUAUGAUUUACAAAUCAUAAAGGGUGCAGAAGACACAGAAGCACUCCUGAAUGUUCUCUCUUUUAAAUUUCCACAAAGAAAAUUUCUAUAAGGAGAUUCAACCAAUGUUUAUUGAAUUAUCUAUUUGCAUAUGUCAUCCCACAAAAGGCAACUUCACAGGCAAAGAAGAUUUGAAUUUAUCUUCUAUGGCAGUGUUUAUUAUUAUUAUUAUUUUUAGAAUUUUGAGUAAUGAAAAGACUUGUUUUUAAAUUUAAUAAACUUUUGAAGAUACCCAGGGUUGAUGUAAAUUGUACGCUAUGAUGUUUAAAAGUGUAUACAAAUGUGAAGCUAACUGGCUUUUAGAAGCCUUUCAAAGUCUAAGCACUUGAAAUUUAAAUAAACCUGCAGCUGGUGAAAAAAAAAAAAAAGCAGCUGGUGAGGGGGGUAUUAUUGUUGUUGUUGGGUGCCAUCGAGUUGAUAUAAACUUAUAGUGACCCAAUGUGACAAAGUAGAACUGUCCCAUAGGGUUUUCUUGGCUGUAAUCUUUACAGAAGCAGAUUGCUAGGUCUUUCAUCUGUGUAGCUGCUGGCUGGGUUCAAACAGCCAGACUUCUGGUUAGCAGCCAAGCACUUAACCAUUGCACUACCAGGGCUCCUUGAAAGGUAUAUUGUAGUCCAUUACACUAUACUGUAUAUUUGAAAACAUUCAUACUAAAAAUUGGAAAGCUACAAAAAUACUAACUUCAAAAAAGUUGCUAUCAAAUGAAUACAGCACAUGCUAAGUUUUACAGAAGCUGAAUUACUCCUUCCACUAAGAAUAUGGCACUGAGUGCUAUAAAGAAUAAAAAGUAAACAAGAGAGUUUGAGGAGGCCUUACAAAGUUUAUGGAAAGAAAUUACAUUUGAGUUGAGCACAGUGAAUAGAAUUUACCUAGACAAAACUUUAGGUGAACAGGAUUUCGGGAAAAUGGAACAAUACUUAGAAAUGUGACAAAAUAGGAAGAAUUCAAAGGCCAGUUUGAUGGGAGCAGAAUAAUGAAGAGGGCAAGGAACAUAUGAAGUGGUGGGCUGUCAGGCAAAGGCUAAAUCACACAGGGCUUUGUACAUUCCAUUGGUAAUUUAGGAUUUUAUUCUAAGUGCAACAGACAAUUGGUGUGUUUUAUGUAGUAAAAUGGAGAUUAAAAUAUGGGCUGAACAACUGAUUAAGGGAGAAUGAACAGAAAAAUUCCCUGAAAAAAUAAUUAUUCCCUAUACAGCCGAUCAAGGGUAAAGGGAUGUGUUGUCUCAAAUUAAUGUAUACCCCCCAAAAUUAACAACGCUUAACUUUUAUAACAAAUACUCAGAAACGUUCUGUCAUACUUGUUUCUGUUUGUGGAAAUAACAACAACAACAAAAUACUAUAUUAUAAAAAAACUUAUGGAAAACAUUACUAAACUGACCAGGAAGUAAGAAAUCUGUAGAAUCUCAGGAUUAAAUAAAAACGGAGAUACCUAGAGAAAACCACUCCCUGAAACUGGAUCUCAUUCUGGUGGUUUAUAAUGAAACUUGAGGAACCUGAGUCUCUAUCUGAUGGUUGGCAGGGACCCCUGAGAACCGAAGAGAAACCUAGGGGCCAACUAACCCAAAAGGUUGAAUAAAUGUUAUCUUUCUAAAACUGGGAUUCAAAAAAAGCUAUAGGGAGGCAGAGCCAAGAUGGCAGAAUAGACAGACGUUUCCGAUGAGCCCUCUUUCCAAGAAAGACCUGAAAAAACAAGUGAAACGAGUAUAUUUAUGACAAGCUAGGAGCCCUGAACUUCAAAGGCAAGCUUAGAAAAGGAACUAAGGAUCAGGGGGAGGAAGAGAUGGUUCAGAAGUGGAGAGGAUUUACCAGACCUGAAUAGCGGGGAGCACUCAGGCACCAUUCCUGGGGGCAGAGGCGGCAGGCUGGUACUAGCGCUUGUCUGCAGUUUUCUCAGGGAGAAGCAGCCAGCCACACAGCCUACUCACACCUCUGGAACUAGAGAAAAACAGCACUCUCAGCAAAAAGUAAGUACUUACGUAUAUUUAACCACCACCCCUCGCCCCUGGCUACCAAGCCAGCUUCAGAGGCUGUCUGCCCUGGGCUUGAGAUAGGCCCUGUUGAGCAGCUAGAGCCAUCCUCCCAGUCUUGGCGAUGGAAAAACUUUAUAAUUAGGGGAAAAGAUAAUUUUCCACCUCCACUAACCAGGGGAGCUCGGGACAGAAGUGGCUCCUGUCCAGGCAUAAACAGUCUGUGGACUUUGAGUACCUUUCCCCUCUGAAUUGUCCUAUGUGGGCCAACUUCAGGAGAGUAGGGUCUGGUUGGCAGACUCCAACCGUUUCAGCUGUGCCACAGAGAGGUGGCUGUUUGAUGUUUGACAUUGCUUUACAUAUUAAACAGGGUCCUCACCUACCCACAUCAGGGGCCUAAGGACUGAUAGCUCCACUCAGGCCACCCAGCCACCUGUGACAGGGGUCUAAGGUUAACUGGUAUCUCCCAGUCAUUACAACCAAAAACAUUGGGUGCCCACGGUCUGUCUGCAGAACACCCACCUUUAUGCUCUAGGGAACAGGGACACGUUUUCCUCAGAGACACGUGGGGUAUGAUUCUCAGCCCCUUGCCUUGCUCAGAGUGUGACCCCCUGCUGCAACCAGAUACCGGUACCUACACCAAUCACCCCUGCCCAUCUAAGACUGUAGGACAGAGCCUGUACCACACACUUGAUGAUCAGCUACAUGGACACCGAAGCUGAAUUCAUACAAGAAAAGUGAAUGCACUCCUACACUGGUAAACCUGAUAACAGCUCUAGCCAUCUGGGGACAGGACAUCAGAGCUCCAAAGGCAAAAAUAGUCAAGCUAGCUCACUCAAGCAACCCAUUUGGGCAUAUCAAAACAAAACAAAGCAAGACACAGUAGGCAAGCAUAAAAUAAACUAAUACAAUAACUUAUAGAUGGCUAAAGACAAGAGUCAAUAUCAAGUCACAUAAAGAAACAGACCAUGAUAACCUCAACAAGCUCUCAAAACAAAGAAUCAAGGGAUCUUCUAGACGAAAGUGCCUUCCUGGAAUCACCAGAAGCAGAAUACAAAAGAUUAAUAUAUAGAGCCCUUCAAGACAUCAAGAAGGAAACGAGGCAAUAUGCAGAAAGGAUAAGGAAGAACACACAGAUAAAGCAAUGGAAGAAAUUAAAAAGAUUAUUCAGGAACAUAAUGAAAAGUUUAAUAAGCUGGAAAAAUCCAUAGACAGACAGCAAUCAGAAAUUCAAAAGAUUAACAAUCAAAUUACAUGAGUAGACAACUCAAUAGAAUGUCAGAGGAGCAGAACUGAGCAAGUGGAAGACAGAAUUUCUGAACUCGAAGAUAAAUCACUUGGCACUAAUAUAUUUGGAGAAAAAUCAGAUAAAAGAAUUUUAAAAAAUGAAGGCACCUUAAGAGUCAUGUGGGAUCCUAGUAAGAGAAAUAACCUACUAGUGAGGGAUAACAGAAAAUACAGAGAGAAUUGUUGAAGAUUUGUUGGCAGAAAACUUCUCUGAUAUCGUGAAAGAUGAGAAGAUAUCUAUCCAAGAUGCUCAUCGAACAUCACAUAAGGUAGAUAUUAAAAGAAAGUCACCAAGAUAUAUUGUAGACAAACUUGCCAAAACCAAAGAUAAAGAGAGAAUUUUAAGAGCACCUAGGGAUAAAUGAAAAGUCACCUACAAAGGAGAGCCAAUAAGAAUAAGCUCAAAUUCCUUGGCAGAAACCAUGCAGGCAAGAAGGCAAUAGGAUGACUUAUAUGAAAAAUUCAAGGAAAAAAAUUACCAGCCAAGAAUCAAAAAAAUAAAUCAAGAUUAAAAAAAAAAAAAAAGCUCAAUGCAGGGUAACAGCUAUGUCAUUAUGUAAAAGAAGACAACAUUAUAAAAAUAAAGAGGGACUAAGAAAUGUAGUCAUAGAUCUUCCAUAUGGAGAGGAAGAUAGGGCAAUACAAAGAAGUAAAAGUUAGGUUUAAAUUUAGAAAAAUAGGGGUAAAUAAUAAGGUAACCACAAACUACCUUACACACCAAAAUAAAAUACAAGAAAAAAAUAGAGACUUAGCCAAAACAAAAUCAACAACAACAAAUAUGAGGAAAGGACAAUGUAUAAAGAAAAUCUACUCAGCACAUAAAAUUAAGUGGGAGAAAGAAACUGUCAACAACACACAAAAAAACACAUCAAAAUGAUAGCACUAAAUUCAUACCUAUCCAUAAUUAUGCUGAAAGUAAAUAGACUAAAUACAUCAAUAAAGAGGCAGAGAGUGGCAGAGUGAAUUCAAAAACACAAUCCAUCUAUAUGCUGCCUACAAAAGACACAAAUUAGACUUAGAGACAAAAACAAACUGAAACUCAAAGGCUGGAAAAAAAUGUAUCAAACAAACAACAACCAAAAAAGAGCAGGAGUGACAAUAUUAAUUUCUAACAAAAUAGACUAAAGUUAAAUCCAUCAGAAAGGAUAAGGAAGGACACUAUAUAAUGAUUAAAGGGACAAUAUAUUAAGAAGAUAUAACCAUAUUAAAUAUUUAUGCACCCAAUGACAGGGCAGCAAGAUAAAUAAAACAAACCCCAUUAGCACUGAAAAGUGAGAUAGACAGCUCCACAAUAAUAGUAGGAGACUUCAACACACCACUUUCCGUGAAGGACAGGACAUCCAAAAAGAAGCUCAGUAAAGACACAGAAGAUCUAAAUGCCACAAUAAACUAACUUGACCUUAAAAACAUAUGCAGAACACUCCACCCAGUAGCAGCCAAGUAUGCUUCCUUUUCUAGUGCACAUGGAACAUUCUCUAGAAUAGGCCACAUAUUCGGUCAUAAAGCAAGCCUUAGCAGAAUCCAAAACACUGAAAUAUUACAAAGCAUCUUCUCUGAACAUAAGGCCAUGAAAGUAGAAAUCAAUAACAGAAAAAACAGGGAUAAGAAAUCAGAUACUUGGAAACUGAACAAUACCCUGCUCAAAAAAGACUGGAUUAUAGAAGACAUUAAGGAUGGAAUAAAGAAAUUCAUAGAAUCCAAUGAGAAUGAAAACACUUCCUAUCAGAACCUUUGGGACACAGCAAAAGCAGCGCUCAGAGGUGAAUUUAUAUCAAUAAAUGCAUACAUCCAAAAAGAAGAAAGGACCAAAUCACUAUUUACAAUAGCAGAAAGAUGGAAGCAACCAAGGUGCCCAUCGACAGAUGAAUGGAUAAAUAAAUUAUGGUAGAUUCACACAAUGGAAUACCACGCAUCAAUAAAGAACAGUGAAGAAUCUGUGAAACAUUUCAUAACAUGGAGAAAUCUGGAAGGCAUUAUGAUGAGUGAAAUUAGACAGUUGCAAAAGGACAAAUAUUGUAUAAGACCACUCUUAUAAGAACUCGAGAAAUAGUUUAAACAGAGAAGAAAAUAUUCUUUGAUGAUUAUGAGAGGGUGGAGGGAGGGAGAGUGGGAGAGGGGUACUCACUAAUUAGAUAGUAGAUAAGAACUACUUUAGGUGACAGGAAAGACAACACACAAUACAGGUGAGGUCAGCACAAGAGGACUAAACCAAUAGCAAGGAAGUUUCCAGAAUAAACUGAAUGCUUCAAAGGCCACUGUAGCAGGGGCGGGGGUUUGGGGACCAUGGUUUCAGGGGACAUGUAAGUCAAUUGGCAUAAUAAAAUCUAUUAAGAAAACAUCCUGCAUCCCACUUUGGAGAGUGGCUUCUGGGGUCUUAAUCGCUAGCAAGUGUCCAUCUAAAACACAUCAGUUGGUCUCAACACACCUGGAUCAAAGGAGAAUGAAGAACACUAAGGACACAGGUAAUUAUGAGCCCAAGAGACAGAAAGGGCCACAUGAACCAGAGACUAUAUCAGCCUGAGACCAGAAGAACUAGAUGGUGCUUGGCUACAACUCAUGACUGCCCUGACAAGGAACACAACAGGGAACACCUGAGGGAGCAGGAGAGUAGUGUGAUGGCCCAGGACAGGAACCAUUCCCAAAGCCAGCUCUUCAAACAGGGAUUGGGCUGGACUAUGGGAUGGAGAGGGAUGCUUGUGAGGAGUGAGCUUCUUGGAUCAGGCAGACCCUUAAGAUUAUUUGGGGGAGUUGAGCGAGUACAGGGAGUUGGAAGCUGGCAAAAAGGACAGGAAAAGAGAGAAUGGAGGGAGGGAACGGGAUGUCUCAUUAGGGGGAGAGAAAUGGGGAGUAUGUAGCAGGUGUAUAUAAGUUUUUUUGUGAGAGACUGACUUGAUUUGUAAACUUUUACUUAAAGUACAAUAAAAACUAAAAAAAGUGAGAUGAUGUAUAAAGUUUAAGUGUGAAGCUCAGUGAAAAUUUGUCUAUGUAUAUAUAUAUCCAUGCAGCUACAAGCCAUUUUGAGAUAGAGACUAUUUCUAGCACCGGCAAGUGUUGCUCUGUUCCCUUUUCCUAUCAAUAAUCCUCAGCCCCUGGACUGCCACUAUUCUGAUUUCUAACUCCAUAAAUUGUUUUGUCUGUUCUUAAACAUCUUAUAAAUAGAAUUAUGGAACAUGCACCCUUUGUUUCUACAUUCAUUUAUUCAGCAUUACUUCCGUGAGGUUUUUCAUUGCUAAUGUAGAAUUAUAUUUUAUGAAUAAACAACAAUUUGUCAACUCUCCUACUCUUGGUUAUUCUAGUUGUUUGAAGUUUUUGAAUAUUUUGAGUAAAACUUUUGUAAACAUUCUUGUAUUUCUUGUACAUGUUUUUUGUGAAUAUGUAUCCUUAUUUCUCUUGAACAUGUAUCAAGGAGUUGAAUUUCUAAGUCACAGUAUGGGCCUAUAUUUAGUUCUAGUAGAAAAUACUGAACCUUUUUCCAAGGUAUUAGGAAGAAUGUGUAAUUUCAUUGGUAAUUUAUGUGAGUUUCUGUUGCUCCACAUCCCUGCCAAUAUUUAGUAUUGUCAAUCUUUAAUUUUACACAUUCUGGACUGUAUUUAGCUAUGAUCUAUAAUUGCAGCUUUAAUAUGAAUUCUCCAAGUGACUAAUGGUGGUGAAACUCUUUUGGUCAUUUGGAUAUCUUCUCCUACAUAUUUUUUAAAUCUUUUGGUCAUUAUUUAUUGACUUACUCUUAAAUAUAUUUGUAUAUCUUAGAUGCAAACAUUCUAUCAGUUAUAUGGAUUACAAUAUUUCCUUUUGUUCAGUAAUUUUAGUUUUCAAUGUUCUCUUGUAAAGAGAAUGGAGUCUUUCAAUAAAAAGAAAAUUUAAUUUAAUUGUCGUUAGGUGAUGGUGAGUGGGUUCCAACUACCAGCGACUCUAUGUGCAACAGAACGUAACACUGCAUGGUCCUGCGCCAUCCUCACAAUCAUUGCUAGGCUUGAGCCUAUUGUUGCAGCCACUAUGUCAGUCCCUCUAGUUAAGGGUCGUCCUUUUUUCUGUUGACCCUCUACUCUACCAAGCAUGAUGUACUUCUCCAGGGUCUGGCCCCUCCCGAUAUGUUCAAAGUAAGUGAGACGAAGUCUCUCCAUCCUCAUUUUUAAUGAACAUUCUGGUUGUAAUUCUUCCAAGACAUAUUUUUUCGUUCUUUGGCAGUCCAUGGUAUAUUCAAUAUUCUUUGCCAACAACAUAAUUCAAAGGCAUUAAUUCUUCUUUGGUCUUCCAGCCUUGUGUCAGGUGUACCUUAGUCCUUAAAGUAAUUGUUAUGGUUAAGAUUGUAUGUCAGUUUGGCUGAGCCAUGAUUCUCAGUGUUUUGGCAGUUGUAUAAUAUUGCUAUCACUUUCCUAUAUGAAGUGCAGCAGUGGGCUCAUGCUCAUGGAAUUCACUAGUCUUAUCACGUUCCCCGUAAUCCUGAAGCAGCUGGCUUGACAGAAAAUGGAAUGGCCUUCUAAAGACACAAUUACUGUACCAGCUAGGUGGCAAUAUCUUGCAGAGUUGGAGCAGUGUUAUUCAGGAGGCUGUAUAUGCUCUAGACCAAUGUCCAAUAUACGGUGUUGUUUCUCCCAUAACCAGGAUUCAUGGGUCCAGGAGUCAAGGGGUUAAAAUGGAAGUGGCACCACUCACUAUUACCCCUGCUGACCAACUCAUAAAAUUUUUGCUUCCUGUCCCUGAGACCUUAUGCUCUGCAGGUCUAGAGGUCUUAGUUACAAAGGUAGUCAGGCUCCAACCUGUAGAAACAUCACUGAUUCCACCAAACUGGAA